CGCGCUGAGGUCGGGCAGGGAGCCGGCUUGGCUGUGGGUUUUCAAACAGAGCCUUGUCUGCCAAGGACCCUCCUACUCUGCCACGGGCUGGGUGGAUCCUCGCCCCGCUGGCUGUGCACCUUGUGCUGCUGGCGAAGGCUGCACGCCCGGCCGGCUCCUCUCCAGAGGCAGCUGCGGCGGGGCCGGGAGGCAGGGAGAGGUGUGCUGGCUGUGCCUGCCACACGCCUGGCUGUGGCCGUGCACCAGCUCAGCUCCGGGACAAGCAGCCUGUGGCCACCCCCAGGCACCGUCCAGCCCAGGGACACUUAUCCCUGGUUAUCCUCUGGGCAGGGUGUUGGGUUUCAGCUGGAGAGGAGCAUCCCCAUCUCCUGGCAUUGUCCCCAGCAGAGGAUGCUGCAGCAGGAUGGCCCCGCUGCCGUCAAGCGGGAGGAGGACGACUUGGGCAAGUUCGUGGACUUGGACUUCAUCCUGGCGCACACCAGCAGUGGCGGGCAGGGGCCGACCGGCCCCAACUACCCCCUGCCCGAGACCCCCGAGAGCUGUGGCACCACCUACGACAGCGACGGCUCGUACUCCACGCCGGGCAAAUUCCCGGCGCCUUACCCCGAGGGCCAGGGCCACAGCUACGUGGCUGAGCUGCUCACCCCGGACCUGCCCGGCCACUACGACCUGCAGCGGAGGGAGUACACGGAGCUGCGGGUGCCCGGCGGCCCCCACCACCACCCUCACCCCCAUCACCACCCGCCCCUCCACCCGGCCCUAGCCCGCCCACUGCCCCUGGACCCCGCGCAGUCCUUCGGGCCCCGCAUCAAGAAGGAGCAGCCGGAGGAGCGCGCCUGCAUGCUGGGGAUGCCCGCCGCCGAGUACCUGGGGCCGGGCGGCGGCGAGCACAAGCCACGCGUGGCGCCGGGUCCCGGGCCGGGACCGGUGCCGGGGCCGCCGCUGCCCUACCCGGGCUUCCCCCACGGCCGCUUGGGGCCCCCUGAGGAGCCGCUGCCUGGCGCCGAUCCCCACCUCUUGGCCGACCUGCCGCCCCACUACGCCGUGGCCCCGCACCGCUAUGCGCCCCACUUCGCCCCCCAGCCGCCACCGCAGUUUCAUGGACAUUUCAGUGUUUUCAGGGAGCCCCUGAAGGGGCCGGGCCCGGGCCCGGCCGGGCUGCCCGGGCUGCUGGUCACGCCGCCCAACUCCCCGGUGCUGGAGUACUUCCCGGCCGGGGCUCCCCCCGAGGACUGCAAGCCCAAGCGCGGCCGCCGCUCCUGGGCGCGCAAGCGAACGGCCACGCACAACUGUGAAUACCCGGGCUGCGGCAAGACCUACACCAAGAGCUCGCACCUCAAGGCGCACAUGCGGACCCACACGGGCGAGAAGCCCUACCACUGCACCUGGGAAGGAUGUGGCUGGAAGUUUGCCCGCUCCGAUGAGCUGACCCGCCACUACCGCAAGCACACGGGGCACCGGCCGUUCCAGUGCCACCUCUGCGAGAGGGCUUUCUCCCGCUCCGACCACCUCGCUCUCCACAUGAAGCGGCACAUGUGAGCAGCGGCUGCGGCCGGACUCGACGUCCCCGGAGCCAGCUCACGGUGUAAAUAGUGUCGGGCCAGGGAUGGCAGUGGGGAGCAGCCUGGCCACCCAGCCCCCUCUGCUUGUAGUUGAUAACUAGUUUUCUCCUCCUGCUCCUGUGAGAGCUGGCCCAGCCAAGUGGUGGGGAAGGGCUGCUUUGGGGAUGUAUGUGGGGAGCAAAACUGCAAGGAACAUCUGCUCAGUCAUCACCACUCAGCUCCUCAUGCCUGGAGGGUUCCCCCCAGCCAGGUACCCAGUGAGUGGGGGAGCUGGUGCAUAAGGGAUCUGUCCCCAGAAUUCCUGGCUUGUAUUUGGCAUCAGCUUAACCUUCUUCCCCCAGAUUCUGGCACCCCCCUGGCACUAGGGGCUGUGGUGGCUGACUCUGGCUGCUUUUUGGCUGCAGAGCCAUGCCAGUUGGGCACGUUGGUUGUGAUGCUGGGAAAUGGGUUGCUGGUUGUCUCGGUUGUGAUCAUCAGAACAAACCUCCUGACCCAAAGCCCAGAGUGGAUGGGACGAGGGUGGGAUUUGACUGGCUCAUGGCUAUAAAGGUUUGCAGGAGUUAGCAGCACAGUGUCACCUUGCACAGAGGACAGAGAUGCUCCUGUCACCAGCCUGGGACCCCACUGGGCAGUCCAGCCCUGGCCAUUCCCAGUUUUCCACUCGAGAGCCUAAAAUGUCUCUCCUGGCUCUUGUCUGCUUUAUUUUGUCUUGUUCUUCCCCUCAGGAUGACACCAGGUACUGCUGCAGCUGCCUUCCCCAUGCUGCUUUUUAAAAUUUAGUAUGUAAAGGACAGUGAGUCCAGCUAUGAAUGCCCAGGUCUCUGCUAUACUUGAAAUUUUUGUAGAGGGGGGGGACAAAAAAGAAAGCUCAAAAGAAAAUGAGUCUUUUUAUGUGCAGCUUCUGCAAAGCAAGUUGUAAAUUAAACAAAGCAGUAAUAUAUAAUGUUUCUGGUUUUUUUAAUAUAUUUUCUUCCAGCUGGGAACACCAAUGAGUCUCAGCUUUGGGAAGUGCACUGUUCCCGUCUGUGUAUAUUGUUAAUUAACAUUUCUCUGCUUGGGCACGUUAGGUCUCUUGCACUCUGAAAUGUUACUUUUCUUUAUAUGCAAACUGUUGAAAUAUUGUGAUCUGCUGUAUAAUAAAUAAACAAGAUGUAAACAUGAAA